AUGAUAUCCAGCUCAAGUUCCUUCACCUCGAUCCCCGUCUUAGAUUAUGCCCAGGCAUCGUCAGCAGAUGAUAGGCCCAAGUUUCUCGCCAACCUGCGCAAUGCCUUGGUCAACGUGGGCUUCUUUUACCUCAUCAACGCCCCAAUCGCGGCUCGGGUGCGCGACGAGCUAAUCGAGAAGACCUUCCACAUCUUUGAUCUGCCACUCGAGAAGAAGCUGGAAAUCGAAAUGGUCAACAGUAAGCAUUUUCUGGGAUACUCUAGACUCGGAGCAGAGACCACAGCUCGGCAAAUCGAUUAUCGAGAGCAAUUCGAUUUGCCUCCUCCAGCGCCCGAUGCACCUCUCUACCGUAAUAUCAGAGGUCCGAAUCAGUGGCCCGAUGAGAAAGCCAUCCCUGGCUUCCGUCACGCCGUCGAGGCGUACCUGGCUGAGAUGAGCCCAGUUGCCGAGGCAUUCAGGACCCUCAUCGCAGAAGCACUGGACUUACCGCCGACAGCAUUACAGCAAUUCUUCGAGAACCCAACACAGCAGAAGCUAAAACUGAUCAAAUACCCACCCCCAUCAACUCCAUCCGAAGCACAAGGCGUCGGAGCCCACAAGGAUUCCGAAUUCCUGACAUUCUUACUGCAAGCCACACCGCAUACCGGACUUGAGGUGCAAAACAAAGCAGGGGAAUGGAUCCCCGCGCCGCCAAUGCAAGACUCGUUAGUCGUCAACAUUGGUCGCGCGCUCGAGGCUAUCACAGGCGGGGUCUGCACAGCCACAACGCACCGAGGUGCGCCUCUGGGACCGCGGUUUUCGAUUCCUGUGUUUCAAGGCAUGAGUCUGGACUUAUCAGCGGAGAAUAUUUCCCUCGACAUACCGGAACAUAUCAAGGAUCUGAUCAAAGAUGACAAAGUCAGAUCAGAUGCCGAGGCGACCUUCAAUAAAAUAUUCAAGGGACGGGUCGGCGAAGGCACACUCAUACAUCGGGUCAUGAGCCACCAGGAUGUCGGGCGGCGGUGGUAUCCGGAGUUGUUGGACUGGGCCUUGGGCGAGUAUGAGAAGUAG